GCCGCCGGCCCUGGCAGGCAGCAUGGAGGACGCGCUGAAGCGGGAGCUGGGCACUACGGUGCUCCGGCCGACGGGGCAUUCGGGGGGCGGCUGCAUCAGCCAGGGCCAGAGCUACGACACGGACCAUGGCCGGGUGUACGUGAAGAGCAACUCCAAAGCGGAGGCCAGAAGGAUGUUUGAGGGAGAAAUGGCAAGUUUGGAAGCCAUCUUGAAAACACAGACAAUAAAGGUGCCUAAACCCAUCAAAGUUAUAGACCUGCCUGGGGGCACUACUCUGUUUGCAAUGGAACACUUGGAAAUGAGGGGCUUAAACAGACAUUCAGCAAAGCUUGGAACACAGCUGGCUGAUCUCCACCUUCACAACCAGCAACUUGGAGAGAAGCUGAAAAAAGAAGAAAGCACAAUUGGUAAAGGUCAAGGGCAAAUGGAAGUCCAGUUUGUGGAUCAAUUUGGCUUUCAUACAGUUACCUGCUGUGGCUAUCUCCCACAGGUGAAUGACUGGCAGAACGACUGGGUGACUUUCUUUGCCAAGCAAAGAAUCCAGCCUCAGAUGGACAUGAUCGAGAAGAGUUCGGGAGACAGGGAAGCAAGAGAGCUUUGGGCACAGCUUCAGCUGAAGAUACCCAGCUUGUUCUGUGACAUAGAAAUUGUUCCUGCUCUCCUGCAUGGAGAUCUCUGGGGAGGAAAUGUGGCUGAGGAUGAUUCAGGUCCAAUUAUCUUCGAUCCAGCUUCUUUCUACGGCCAUUCAGAGUAUGAGCUUGCAAUAGCUGGGAUGUUUGGUGGCUUCAGCAGUUCUUUUUACUCUGCUUAUCACAGUAAAAUUCCCAAAGCUGCAGGGUUUGAGAAACGUCUAAAGCUUUAUCAGCUUUUUCAUUACAUGAACCAUUGGAACCAUUUUGGUACAGGGUACAGAGGGUCUUCUCUAAACAUUAUGAGAAACCUUGUAAAGUGAAUUCCUGCUGAUGCAGAAUUCUUGCUGUGUUGCUUGGAAACCCCCAACUUGGCAGUGCAACUACAGUAGUAGUAAUGUUAAAAAAAGCUACUAGACCCUUGACCUUGUUGCACAGCUAAAGACCUAGAAUCAGUGAGUCUUGCUGAAUGCCAGGUGUAACUUAGUCAUCCCUUUUCAGUCAUCCCUGGGAAUAAUUUUGUGAGGAAAAUAUCAAAGGAAGGAGUUUAUUCAGUUGCAGAAAAGGUCUGUUGGUGUUGAGAAUGCACUGAAUACUUGAGACUAAGCAAGAUAAUGCAAAUCAAGCACUCGAGUGUAAAUGAUUUGGAAGAAAUUCUGUCUUAGGGACCACUUGUGCUUUGGAAUAGAGAAAUACCAGAUUUUUAUUUGUAUCCUAAUGGAAAACUCUAAAGAAAUGUUUAUGAAAUGGAAAAUUGCAUUUUCUUUAGUUACUGCAGAGAUGGCUAAAAAAGUUGCUCCUUGCUUUUUUGCUGUUUCUACCCCCUACCCAAUUUUAUGAUAGAUUGCUCAGACGCUUUGAGCUCCUCAUGUCAAGUUAUGUGCAUGAGAACAAUGUUAACAAAAUACUUAGAAAGUCAACAAGAAAAUUUUGUAAGAGGAGCUGUGAAAAAUGAUUUGGACUUGCUAUUCAUUGUGCUGAAGUGAUUCUAUUGGAUGGAGAGUGCUUCCUAUUCUGUUACAAAGCCAUGUGGAAAUGAUCAUAAUUUUUUCUGGCAUGUGCAUUUUGGUGCCUUGUGACAUUUCUUGUAGGCUGCUCCUUGCUUGCCUGUCAGUGGGCUCUUACCUAUAGCUGUUCUGUUUUCACUGGAACUAGGUCUCUCUUUGUGUUUGUCUGGUAGAAUACAUUCUUAAAGACACUUUACUCUCCAACACAAACUGAAGAUGUACUCCUUAGCUGUUGUCCUUGCCCACAGGAUAACACCACCUGGUCCUUCACAUCAGUUUUCAGUAGUUUAGACUCCUGGUGCCAUAAGUGAACAUUUUUCUUCAGUCCCCACAAAGUGGACUUGCUAGCUCUUGGGAUAAGAGACAUGAAGCCAAAGGAAGUUCAGAUGUAACUCACAGAACGGCAGCUCUACACCACUAUCAGAAGUUCUCUAAGGACAGCUUUGCAGAGCAGCUACUCCUUGUACCCACUAGUGGUAACUCUGCAGUUGUACACUUUUUGAUGUAGGCUGGUAAUGACAUUUCAGUGCAAGCAUUCCAGGUAGGUGAGAGAGAUGCAUGAUUCCUAGCAUGCAUGUGGAGUGUUUGGGAAUUACUUUUGCUAAUAAAGAUGUUUUUCACUGGAUAUUGGCAAAUAACUAAGAGAUUUUUAGUUGCUGAUUUUGCAGUUAUUUACAUAAGGAAGUUUAGAGAAGACCAUUGCUUGAUAUGACUUUCUUUCCUUAAUUCUGCUACUCUUAUUACUGGCUGUUUAACUUUUGCUGCAAAAGGUUUUCAAUC